AUGUUACACUACAAAUGUAAUAUUCAACCUCUCAAUACCAGCAACGUGUGUAUUCUGAAACCCAUGAGUAGUGAUUCAGAAGCUAUUCUGAACCUCUCACCAAAACCUCCACGGCACAUCUUGGCAUUUGUAAAUCCUCAAGCAUCAUGGGAAGAUUUUCUGAGACAGUUAGGCGGCUGCGGAGUGAAGACACAACUAGAAGCCAAAGGCGGAAACAAGAUGGCUGCCGGUAGCUGGACAACAGUUUCGGACUUGUGCAUUUCACAUGUAUGUGCAACAGAAGAGCUUGUGUCUGAUAAACCAAUGAACUCACAAAUGCCCCAUAACAUCUGCACAGGUAACUGUGUAGCAUGCUCUUGUGAUGGUGGAACCACUACGGGACAGUGCCAUUUGCCAUUGAAUACAUUUGUGUUAACAGGACUCCAUGCAUGUGGAGACCUAAGUGUAGCUAUGUUACGCCAUUUUGCCAGGUGUCCCACUAUUGUGGGUAUCACGUCAGUUGCUUGCUGCUACAUGAAGUUAACCACACUCGAGGAGCCGCAACCACCUGGUGUCCUGGCUAAUUCUCAUCCGGGUAUCUCAGAUCUACAAGAGUAUGGCUAUCCCAUGAGCUCCUGGGUGUCCGUGCUCCCGGGGCACAAGCUGUCUUACAAAUCUAGGGAGGUGGCGUGCCACGCCAUAGAAGAUUAUAUGGAGCGUCUUAAAGGUGACAGCAAAAUUUUGAGAACUCAUUGCUACAGAGCUGUGCUGGAAACUGUCAUCCGAGGUGUAGAGCUGACCAUUAAACGCGUUGGUGUGCAGACAAUCAAAAAGGCUCACAAGCUUCCCUUCAAAGAAUACGCCAAGCUAGGACUAAAGCGAGUAGGUCUGGAUCCCAGCACCCCCAUGGAUGAGACCUUAUUAGAACACAUGCUGUCCCAGCAUCGGAAUGUGGUGGCAUUCUUCAGUCUGGCCUUACUGCUGGCGCCUCUAGUGGAGACUCUUAUACUGCUGGACAGGAUGAUCUUCCUACAGGAGAAGGGAUUCCAUUGUGAUGUGAUCCCUCUGUUUAAACCGCACUUCUCACCCAGGAAUCUGGUUCUCGUGGCUGCUAAAGCAUCUUCAUCUAUAGGAGAUAUUCUGGAGGAGGUUGCAGCUAGUGACCCAGGAAUAUAACCUAAGAACAGAUCACACCUUAUUAGCAUUCUUUAUA